AUGUUCAAAAUGAAAUACGAUAACGACACAUGGAAAUUUAUUUUUCCAAUUUUAAUUAAUUUUCUGAUGUCGGUUAGUGUGUACUUUUUAACUGUACGUUUAAUUCCAAAAAUAAAAGAUAUGUUUAUUAAAGCUAACCUAUAUGGGAUUGAUUUGAAUAAAAAUAGUGGUGAAAAAGUGCCAGAAACAUUAGGUGUUGUUACCGGAUGUGUGUUUCUUAUAACACUCUUUUUGUUUAUUCCUAUACCAUUUACAAAUUAUAUAUUUAAUGAAACAAACUUCCCUCAUAGCGAGUUUAUGGAAUUUUUGGCUGCCCUACUCUCAAUUUGUUGUAUGUUACUUUUGGGUUUUGCCGAUGAUGUUUUGGAUCUUCGUUGGCGGCACAAAUUAUUGCUACCAACUAUUGCUUCCUUACCACUUUUAAUGGUGUAUUAUAUUAAUUUCAACUCUACCUUAAUUAUUGUACCUAAACCUUUAAGAUCAUGGUUUGGUUUCUCUGUGGAUCUUUGGAUAUUUUAUUACUUAUACAUGGGGAUGCUAGCAGUGUUUUGUACAAAUGCUAUAAAUAUAUUAGCCGGUAUAAAUGGUUUAGAAGUUGGCCAAAGUCUAGUAAUUGCAUUAAGCAUUCUUGUUUUUAAUAUAAUAGAAUUAUCAGGAAAUCUAUGGAAAGCACAUCAGUUUUCAUUAUAUUUUAUGUUUCCAUACAUAGCCACUUCAUUGGGCUUACUGAAAUUUAAUUGGUAUCCAGCUCAAGUAUUUGUAGGUGACACUUUUUGUUAUUUAUCUGGAAUGACAUUUGCCGUUGUUGGAAUUAUUGGUCAUUUCAGUAAAACAACGUUGUUAUUCUUCAUUCCACAAAUACUUAAUUUUCUUUAUAGUGUACCUCAAUUAUUUCAUUUUAUACCAUGCCCUAGACAUAGACUACCAAAAUAUAAUAAAGAAACAGAUAAGCUAACAAACAGCAAUACAGUAUUUAAUAAAAAAGAUAUUGGAGUCAUUGGUUCAUUCAUAUUAUGGAUAUUUGUGAAGUUAAAUAUAAUAAAAUGGGAAGAAGAUGAUAAAGGUAUCAUUACUUGCAAUAAUUUUACAUUGAUUAAUUUUGUUCUAAUUAAAAUUGGACCAAUGAGGGAACCUACACUAACUCUAAUUUUACUGCUAAUUCAGGUUGUUAGCAGUUUAUUAGCAUUCGUUAUAAGAUACCCUCUUGCUUCAAUUUUCUACGAUAUUUGAUGAG